CAAGCAGGGAAGCCAUUGCCUGUUUAAUAGUUGCUGUUGCAGCACUUCCGCUUCUCUCCCUGCUAGAGAGACACGAGUGGCCAGGCCCAGCCGCACCGAGGAGGAGCAGCCAGACACAAAGGGAAAGGUUUGGGUGGAGCUAUAGUGGGGGGGAGCUAUGUCGGAUGACGAUUCAAGGGCUAGCACCAGCUCUUCUUCAUCUUCAUCCUCCAACCAACAGACUGAGAAAGAGACAAACACACCUAAGAAGAAAGAAAGUAAAGUCAGCAUGAGUAAAAAUUCCAAGCUCCUUUCCACCAGCGCAAAAAGGAUUCAAAAGGAAUUGGCUGAUAUCACCUUAGAUCCACCUCCCAACUGCAGUGCUGGCCCAAAAGGUGAUAAUAUCUAUGAAUGGAGAUCAACAAUUUUAGGACCUCCAGGUUCAGUGUACGAGGGUGGCGUUUUCUUCCUCGACAUUACAUUUACACCAGAAUAUCCCUUCAAGCCUCCAAAGGUUACCUUUCGAACAAGAAUCUAUCAUUGCAACAUUAAUAGUCAAGGAGUGAUCUGUCUGGACAUAUUAAAGGACAACUGGAGUCCAGCAUUAACUAUUUCUAAAGUUCUUCUUUCAAUUUGCUCACUUCUCACAGACUGCAAUCCUGCUGAUCCCCUUGUUGGAAGUAUUGCAACUCAGUAUAUGACUAACAGAGCAGAGCACGACAGAAUGGCCAGACAGUGGACCAAGAGAUAUGCGACAUAAACUGGAUUUUUGUCAGACCUUUGUGUUAAAUCAUCUGUGACGGAAACAGCUGCUUAUGAUUUUGAAGGGGUGGGACAAGGAAGGGGAGAAACUGAAAAAGAGUAGGGUAUUUCUAUAACAGAAUUUAUUCAGUCUUUUAUUUCCUGAGAUUUUGUUGUUGUUACUUAAGGUAUCUUGCUACAGUAGACAGCUAGAAUGGGAAUAGCAUAUUUUAAGACUGUCAUUAGUUCAGCAAUAGUAGCUCUGCUAUAGCAUCAAGAAGAAUGUAAACUAACCUGACAAUUGGAAGAGGGUGGGAAAAGAUGUUUGUUUGUGAUAGAUUAAAAAAAAAACCUGAAACAGCUUAAUUUAUGGGUACAUAUAUUUGGUAUCUCUGUAAAAGUUCUUGCAAGACAGCUUCCAACUUGAUUUUCUUUUAACUUGGUUUUAUUUGUAAAAAAAAUAUUGCAAAUAUUUUUCCCUAGGGGAGGUGGGAGAGUUUCAUAUUUAACACAUCUUUUUACAAGACUACACUUUCAUUAACUUCAAAUAUAGGGGUAAGGCUAGAUUGUUGUCUCCCCUAACAUAGGGAAAAUACUUCACAGAUUCAUUUUUCUAUGCCAGGUUACCUUUGUGAGAAAGAACGUUUUAACUGAACUUGGAGCAACCUGUAGUGAAAUACCUUAAGCUGUUUAAUUGUAAGGCGUGGAAUAGGAGUCACUCGGUGGAUUGGUUAUAUGUUGUGGACUAUCUAAGUCUGCAUUUGUUACUGUGCUAAUAAAAAUAUGUACAAACCCCCUACUGAUAUACCUUCUGUUUGGAAUACAUCUAUGUUGGCUGUGUGUAACACAGCAGUCCCCAACUUUUUUAGCUCUAGGGAUUCGUUUUGGAAGAAAAUUGUCAUCUAUGGAAGGAGGGAGGUUGCAUAUGCAACCUAGAUCCCAUGUAUGCACAGAAGUCUCACUUACUCUCCCAUUGCUUGCGCGUACUGGUUCAGUACUGGUCCACAAUCUGGGGAUUGGGGACCUCUGGUAUAACAGACAAUAUAAUCUAUUCCUGGUAAAAGAAUCAUACAAAAAAUAAGAAACACUUUUCAGGUCACAGAACAAAAAGUUACAUGAAAAGACUUUAAAGGGUUAUGAAAUUAAAUCCUGAGCCAGAAGGCAGACUUACAUACAUUUACAAUGAUCUGUUAAUUUUUUUGCAGGUGACUUUUAUCAAAAGAUAGGAUCUUCUCCUAAGUACUUAAACCUGGAGUUUCCCUAGCAGUUUAACAUUAGAGCAAUUUAUUUUUGGUUUCAGGCCAUUGUUGCUUGACAUAUUUGGAAGGGGAAGGGGAAUAGCUUUUCUUUUUUCUUGGCAUCCAUUUAUACUAAAGUGCUAACAUAUUUAAUAUCUCUAUCAAAAAAGUUCAUUUUCUCUUUUAAUAGCUCUCAAAAUAUUAUGUGAAGUGAACAUAAUUCAAUUUUGCUUUCAAUCAAUAGUAAUUGAAGCACAACAAUUCACUAGUGGCCCAGAAUUAAUAGUUACAUAAAAUUCACAUGUUAACUGUACUUGUUAUGAUACUAUAAACACUGUCAUUCUGCAAAAUGGACUGAAGGACAGCUUAUGAGUACAAUGUUUAAAGAGAUGAGAGUCAUUUAAAUGUGCAAUAUAAAUAGACUGGAGUCAGAAUCUUUAUUUCAAUCUGUAAUUUAGAUAUUUCACCCAUGCUAUUCUUUUUUACAUUCUCAAAAGCUGCACUUAAAUUUGAAAAAAUGUUCUUAAAAUAUAUCACAUUAGGCCUUAAAGUAUUUUAUUCCUAAAUGGAAAGAAAAGAAACUUUGAUCAAUUUCUCUACUGUACAUUACUGUACAUCUUUACUGUACAUUUUGAGAAAUUUCAGUCCAAGAAUUACCUAUUUUCUAACUGAUUUUUACAUCCUUCAGCAUUGUAAUGAAAAUUGUGAAAAUACAAAUCUAACCAGAGAUUCCAUGUAGAAGUGGGUGUUGUGAUGAUAUAAGCCACUGUAACAACUCUAGAAUAGACUUUUUGAAUUCUCCAAUCUAGAACUCUCUUGAUUUAUUGGGGACUACAGUUCUUAAAACAAUUGAAAAGGUAGGUUGCUUAGACCUAAAACUGGAUGGAUCAAUCCUUUCCCCUAGUAAUACUCUUUUUUUUUUCCUGUACAGUUUUAAUAAAUUACUACCGGCUGAUUUCUCCCAAUAUGUUAAGCCAUAAAUCAGAGUUUAUGGAAUAAAUAACAUCAUGCUAAGCCAGAUUCAAAUACUCUAACAUAAUCCUGCAUUUUUCAAUCACAGUUAACUUUUAAGAUUUACGUAUAAUGGCAAAUUCCAGGAAUUAUAAAUCCACAUUUCUUAAAGUUGCCGAGAUUGAAAAGCACUGUUAUAGCCCUUUAAAUAAACCAAGUUACUAUUUUUUUUCUGAUGCAGUUUUCUUUUUCAGGAGGCUGCUGUCACUGCACAGGGACAGAUAUUAGUGGGCUUUUGAAAUUGGGGAAUGAUGUCAAAAUUUUCCCCAUUCAUAUAUGAAGUGAUUGGAAAUUAUUUUUUCUUUCCUUGCCCCAAUUUUUAUCAAUACUAGAGAUCAUUGUUUUAUCCACCUAAGAUGAAUGGUUGCUUGAUGAUAAUCUAUAGAAAUAACACUGGUUCAUGCAAAAGCAUUGGUGCCAAUAGUAUUAGCCACUUUAUAAUAAAGAUAGUGAAGGUCAAAUGCUUAUACUGUACCCAAUUCUGUUGGCCUCUCUUUUUCAUAAGUUAUUUCUCGAAGCACAAUGAAAACUAUACGAUGUAUGAACAAAUAAACAACUUUUUCAUUUUGUUCUUUCAUUUCUUUUCUGAAAUGCUAAGUGAAGUGGCAAUAUUCCCAAUGACUCUAGAAUGCCCUCUUUAGAAAAAGAAGGCUUUCUUUUUUCUGCACUCAAGCAUUCUCCAAUUUGCAUUCCAUGAAAAUAUAAUUGAAUACAGACUAUUAUGAUUAUUUCAGUGUUUUUUGAAGUGAUUUCAGAUGCCAUUCUCAUCCUGCUUUAGUUACUCUAAAGAUGAACAACUCUGAAAAUGCAAAAGCUACAGCAGAUUCUUGGCCCAGUGGAGGCAUAAGAACAUUCAGUAAUCUUCCUUAUUGUAUUUGACUCUCCGACGGGAGAAAGAAAAUGUUGACUUGUUCUGUGAUUGGUAAAGUUUGCUUGCUAACACCACAAAGGGCUCCAUCAUUGUACUUCUGUCCAUUACUGUCACUUCCCAUAAUUUCACUGUCUCAAUCCUAGCCCAUUGUUGUGCAACUUCACUUUGUACUUGUCUUUCCUCCAAAAGGUCAGUUUUAUUACCUAAAACAAUAAUUGGCCACUGCAAAGAAGGAAUAAAACAAUCAAAACAGGAAAUUAGCUCAGUGAUGUAAAACUUGUUUUGUACCAGUUUCAAAAUAUAAUCACCUUAUUGGGAGGGGAAAAGAGACUGGAAUGCACUUUUCACUGCAAUUUAGAAAGCUGCUAUCAUUCCAAGUAGACCAUGCAAAAUUCAAAUAGAUCCAUGAACUGAAUAAAUAAUCUUUUAGCGCUUUGGCUGACUUCUGUAAUGUUUAUUUUUUUUUCAAUUUUAUAAUCUAGUAAUUGAAUAGUUACAUUUUAAGUAGAUGCACUAAAAUUGACUUGGUAAUCACUAAAAUUUUACUGACUCCAUUGCCUGUAUUUUAUUACUGUUAUUUACAUUUAAAUAAAUAAAUUUUAUUUAAAUACUUA